AUGAUAACAAUCACUCCACCACAAACUUGUCCCGUGGCAAUAAAAAAAGUUUUGAAAAAGUCCGAAGCAAAAACUGUUUUAUGCGAUAAAAUUGAGAUGCCAAUAGAAUUGGUCAUUCUCCGAAAAAUCCCACCACAUCCUAAUAUUAUAACCCUUCUUUAUUGGAUGAAAAUCAGACCAGAGGAGUGGAUGAUUGAGUUCGAAUUUCAUGGAUACGAUUCGAUUGGAUUAAAAUCAAAUUUAAAAGAUUACUUGAACGAUGUUGCAAGAAGCAGAGGAACUAACGGAUUAACAGAAGACGAAUCAAAAAGUAUAAUGCGCCAACUGUUGCUUGCAUGUAACCACUUGGAGAGCUAUGGAAUUUACCAUCGCAAUUUAAAGCUAGACAAUUUAGUCAUCGGCACUGAUGGCAGUAUCAAAUUAAUCGACUUUGGAUUGGCAAUCGAGACGAAGGAAAAUGAACAACAUAUUGAGAAGAUUGGAUCGAUUGUUCCACCUGAAAUGUAUGGCCACGUCACUUAUAGACAAUCGACUGCGCAAAUAUGGGUAUUAGGAACCAUUUUUUACCAACUUUUUGAAAGAAUCGAACCUUUUCAGAAAGAACGAGUAAUUUGUAAAGCCUUAGGACCGGUCAUGUUCAGCAAAUAUAACCGUCCUUUGAAAAAUUGUGUGGAGUUGAUGGAGUGGAUGUUGAACGUUGACCCUAACAGAAGGCCACAAUGUAUUGAUGAUAUCCUUGAUCACGAGUGGAUAAGCCAUGGUUGA